AUGAUAGCUCUCGUUAAAAGAGACUUGUUCUUACUGGAAAAUCAAAUUCCUUUUCAAGUCGUCAAUAAAUUGAGCGUCAAGUUCGGAGAUGAAACCGAAAAGAAGGCAAUGUUAAAUAAAUUUUUUACAAACAUCCGUAGUCUUCCUCCUCAAAGUUACAAGAAAAAGUUUCCCUGUAAUUUAUAUUUUUGGAAAAAAGAAGAGCAACAUGCAAAGGAAAAAGCAGGAACAUCAGAUGAUGAACCUGCUCAUCUUCUUGACCUUGUGCGCUCCGAUCUCUUUGUAAAAUCCGUUUGGUCUCAAAAGCCUACUAAUUGGUUUUCAUGCCGGUCAGUGAAGGAGCUCAAGGAGGUGGGAAUCCAUUUCAGGCCUAGCAAGACUAACAAAUUCACAGACGUUGCUUUUCAACCCGGGUAUCUCGCAAAACUGGAACUUCCACCAAUAUACAUUGAUGAUUCAACGAAGUCUAUGCUGCUAAACAUGGUAGCAUACGAGUCCAGCCCCAAUGGUCCUGACGAUUUUGGAGUUUCUUCAUACAUAUGCCUGAUGGAUUCGCUUAUUGACCAUGCGGAAGAUGUUAAAGAGCUUCGAUCAAAAGGUAUACUUCUGAAUUUUCUGGGGAGUGAUCAACAAGUUGCUGAUCUUUUUAAUGAGAUAGCUGAUAAUUUGGUGUCACACCCAUAUGCAUAUGCGGCUGUUAAAGAUGGAAUAGAAAAGCAUUACAAAAACAGGUUGAAGAUUUGGUUGGCAGAGUGGUUGCAUACUCAUUUCUCUAGCCCUUGGACGGUUCUUGCUUUUAUUGGUGCAGUUUUAGCACUUGUCUUGACUGUUAUUCAGACUUUAGAAUUGUUUAAGCCAAUAUAUGAGAAUCAACCAAAACGGAGAAGUUUCAACGUUAGAGACAAAGACAGUGACAAGAGUGUGGCAAAAUGUUUGACUUAA